AGUGCUCAACUUGAACAAACAGGUGAUAUAAAAAUAAACAAACCUUCAGGCCGUCCAAAACUUCUUAGCUUUGAACAAAAAAAAAAACUUAAAGAAAUGGUAAAAAAAAGAAGAUUAGCAACGAGCAAAAAGUUAGCAGAAACCUUGAAUAAUAUAUACCUCAGUCUUAAUAUUGCCCCUAGAACAGUUCGUGAGAACCUUCAAAAUAUUGGUUACAAGGUAGUGGUUCCCCAUGCAGUUCCUCUUCUCAAGAAAGAGGCUAUGAUUCGUCAAGUCCUUUGGGCGUGCAGAUAUAGAAAAAGACCAUGGAAUAAAGCUAUUUUCUCUGAUGAAGCAACCUUUCAAAUGUUUAGAAAUACUGUUAAGGUUCGUUACAAGAGUGGUGAACUAGUCCCAACUCGAGUAGUCGUAAAACACCCAUAUAAAGUUCAUGUAUGGGGAGCAUUUUAUGCAAAAGGAACUAUUGGAUUUCAUGCGUUUACUGCGAACAUGGCCUUGGGAGACAGGUGGACCUUUCAACAGGAUAAUGAUCCUAAGCAUACUGCUAAACUUACGAAGGUUUUGUUGGAAGAUCAAUGUCCGCAUGUUCUUAACUGGCCCUCGUCUUCCUCUGACCUCAAUCCAAUUGAAAAUCUCUGGGCUAUUAUGAAGCUUAGGGUCGAGAGGAAGGUAAACUUAGCAAUUCAUAAAAAAAAAACCGUCUUCCAAGAGUUUUUUAAAUCAUUAAUCGAAGAAGAAUGGUAUAAAAUAGAUGAGGGUCUUUGUUCUAAAUUAGUUAAGACCAUGCCGGAACAGCUUAAAUUAGUUAUUGAUAAAGGUGGGCAUACAAUUAAUUAUUAG